AUGCAAUCUCUCGAUCAUCUGGUUAAAGCAGGAAAAGUACUCUAUUUGGGAGCAAGUGAUAGUCCUGCAUGGGUCGUGGCCAAAGCGAAUCAAUAUGCAAGAGAUCAUGGACUUCGUCAAUUUUCGGUUUAUCAAGGCAUGUACAAUGCUGCCAAACGAGAUGCAGAAAGAGAGAUUCUUCCAAUGCUUCGAGACGAAGGAAUGGCUUUUGCACCUUGGGCAGCAUUAGGAGGAGGAAAGUUUAAAACAAAAGAACAACUAGCAACGAUGGAGAAAGAAGGCGACAAAGGAAGGUCAUCUUUUGCUGCAAUCAAAGGUAAGACAUAUUUUCUUGACCAGCGUAUUUUUUUUGGCGUAGUACCUGGUAAACAAACACCACUUUCAACGUGA